UAGCUGUAGUUUUUUUUAUGGAAAGAAAUGCCAAGAAAGGAAGAUUUUUAUUGCUCUUUGUCAGGAGGACGCAAAUAUUAAAAUAUUAUUAACGUCUCUUUGUGUUUUUUUUAGUUACAUAUAUAAUUUAUAUCGUCAUUAUUAAGGUAUAUUAAGUGAUUAUGGCGCCGUAGUGGUUAUUACUCUCUUCUUGUGGGAGACCGGGGUUCGAUUCCCUCUGGUGGCGAUUCAAUAUGGGCAAUUGAAUAUUAUCAUAGCCCUGGGUUAACCCAAGCCAUGUGAGGGAAAUUGGGGAGAUGGCGCACUGUGGGGACUGUUAGAUGUGGCAGGGAGAUGUCUGGCAGAAUGCUGACCCUAAUUGAGUUUGCGUAGCUCAAAGAGAGCACUAAAUACUCCAGACUCCCAGCUAAAUAACUUUAUGGUAUUAAAACGCUAUCCCUUUAAACAAAUGCCAGUAAUGGGCUGACUUUUUCACUGUCGCAUCCUAUUCAAAUGAUUUACGUCUCAAUCUUGUGAUGUGUUUUUUUUUUUACAAUUUGAGACCCAUUGGAAUUUUUUAUAAGCCUAUGCUAUUUAAUGUUUAAAAUGGAUUCAAUACUUACAGACUUGCCUUAGAUUAAAUUAAUUGCUGCUUUAAGCAAUGGCAUAUAUCUUUUUCUAUAGAUGAAUUUCUUUGUUUACAUUUUUAGCAGUAAGCUUUUUGACUUUUGGUAUCUGCUUGGCAGAAAAAAAAAGGUAUUCUUAGAACUUAUUCUUAAAUGAAUUCAAAUAAAUCGAAAGGCAUCAAUCUACACUCAAUAAUAAUUUAAGACCUCAAACAAUGUUCUGAGGGAAGAAAUCCACAGACAAAAGACCUCAUUUCACCAAAUCCUAGCUUUUUUUCCCCUGCCAUCCAGGAAGAGCUUCCCAUGGAAAAGUAAACAAAUAAUGUCACACUAGAAUUCAUCUAAUACUCAAAAACCAGAUGCUACAUUGGGAAAACUUGGUAAGGUGUAUGGAUCAAUGUAAUAGCGAUAUAUACUUCCUGAGAGGCAGAAUUUGGGCACUUUCACAACCCUGUCCAUUGAUUAGGCAUGACCUGAGAAGUUUUCAUCUUCCACAACACCACAUGAGUAGGGUUAAUACCUAGCUCUAUACGCCAUUAUUUAAUUCAUUGUGACUUUUCAAAGCACGUUUAUGUCACCCUUAAAUACUUAGUCACACAGCCUGUCAAACAUGUGACACAUGCAAUAAUCUGUUUUAAAGUUUUGACUAUAUUUUGACCGUAUUUGUUUUUGAGUGAGCACCAACUGUUAAAGCAAACACAGUCAGUUAUCUUUUUUUUUGCUUUAACAGAAUAAGUUAUGAAGAAAGUUCAAAACGUAACAUGAAGUUGAGCCCUUAUUCUGGUAUAAACUGUGGCAUAAAACCAUAGAGAGUGCUAACAUCAGUAUGUUCUAUUAGAUAAAAUAUAUAUUAUAUACAUUAAAAGGUGUAGCUACUAAACUACAUUUUGGAUAAAAAAUAUUUUGAUGUCUUUUUAAAUUCUUGUUGGUAUUCAGAAUGUGAAUUUUUUUAUAUCUUUCUUAACAUUGAUCCCAAUUUAAUAACACCUCAUUUUAACUGAUUUAAAUAUUCGGCAAAAACUGCCCAUUAUUGAUUUGGCAGUACUUGAAAUGUGUGCUCUGUGAAGCAAGACUAAUGUUCUAAAAAGGAAACAUUAUAUCCACUCUAACAUACAAUAUAUAGUUACCAACAGGGUAGAAAAAAUUGAGAUUAAUUGUCAUUGAGACAUUGAGAAUAAUUGCCCUGUGGAAAUACAAGUUCCAAGCUAUGCCAGUAAAAGAUGAAGUUGCAAUGAAGAGCUGUGUUAAAAAGUUAAAAGAGGAAACUUCAGGAAGUUCUCGUUGCAGCUCACAAUGUGGAAUAUCUGGCAAUGCGGAAGCCCUUGCUAAAGUUGGUGAAUUUAAAAGACAAGCAGAGGAACUUGCUCAAAAAAUGAAUGAAAUGUUUGAAUCACAGUUUGGUGAAAUUAUUGAAAAAAUAGCAAUGGAUAUGGAACAACCCAAGCUAAAGAAAAGUAGACAUGCCAAUGAAUACGAUGAAGAUGGGUUAAAGAUUUUUGUGGCUAGAGAAUCCCUGCUGACUGAAUUGCUGGAGAUCAAUCAUAUUCAAACGAUAUACAAUGUUUUUAUUGCACUUCUGCUUGUGUUUUUAAUGAAUACUGCACUCUACGAUUUCUUGGAAACUGGCAGAUUAAUCGACUUCUCAGUAGUAUCGUGGGCUUUUGGCAAUUUUUCCAGUGUCAUUCAAAACUGGUUAUAUAUGCAAGCUUACACCUUGGCUAUAUAUCCAAUCUUUACUUCUUACGCCAGCAACCAGACAUCUUGGGCAAAAAUACCGAUGUCGGUGUGGAGUGUUGGUUACAUAGCGUACAUGUUGAUCUUCCUCACUUUUCCUGUUCAAGGUGCAUUGUCUGAUAACUUACCACCAGCUUCGACGAUAAUUUUGAUAACAGAACAGGUCCGUCUAAUGAUGAAGGUUCAUGCGUUUGUCCGCGUCAACACUACGAAAGUUUUGAAAUUUGCUGAAAUUGAAAAAGAUGACGAUGACAUAUCAGAAUUGAAACUUCCUGGAUUUUCUCAGUAUUUAUAUUUUCUUUUCAUCCCGACGCUUAUUUACAGAGACAACUAUCCAAUGACACCAUAUGUUCGUUGGGAUUUUGUGGUCAAGAAUUUUCUUCAAGUCCUAGGCUGUAUAGCUUACACCUAUUUCAUGUUCGCAAGAUUUUGCGUUCCUGUAUUUCAGAAUACUGGCAAGGAGAAAGGAAAUAUAAGGACGCUUCUGUUAUCUGCGUUUUCGUGCAUGCUUCCUGGAGUACUUGUCCUGUUGGUUGCCUUCUUCGCCAUUCUGCAUUCAUGGUUGAAUGCGUUUGCUGAAAUGACAAGAUUUGCAGAUCGGAUGUUUUAUCGGGACUGGUGGAAUUCUAACUCGUUUUCGAGUUACUAUCGCAUGUGGAACGUGGUGGUGCACGAUUGGUUAUAUGCAUACAUUUACAAAGACUUUAACUAUCUGUUUGGUCGAAGAGGUCGCGGUUUUGCUGCUAUCUUGGUCUUCUUUAUCUCAGCAUGUUUCCACGAAUACAUACUUGCUGUGGCCUUCCGGUUUUUCUAUCCCGCCUUGCUGUUUAUGUUUGGUGGUGUUGGGCUGGUGUUUUUCUUCGUGCGGCCAAAAAAAGGCUCAAAUAAUCCACUGUGGAAUAUAUACUUGUGGGUAUCGUUAACCAUGGGUAGCGGGAUACUGAUGACUAUGUACAGCGUGGAAUGGUACGCCAGUCAAAAUUGCACACGAGACUUUAACUCGUGGCUUGAUUUCAUCAUUCCGUACUCGUUCGAUUCAACUUGCGUGGUUUGGGAAUGGAAGAAAUAAAAGAGAACGGAGAAAAGCAAUCAUUUGAUGACAGUAAAAACAGAGUCCUUCGAAUGCAGAAAAGUGCAUUUUAAUUAAAACUUAGAAAAAUAGACAACAAAUUUUAUAUUAGAAUCAUCAUGAGCUCGACAUUUACGAAUUACCGAUUUCUAACGUUCUGUGCCUCAGAUACGUUUUGUUUCCCGCUCAUUUCAUAUAUCGCGCUGAUUUAUAUAUAUCGCCCUCAUUUACAAAUAAAUGGCGUUCAUUUGCAUAUAUAUGGUGCUCAUUUAGAUAUAUCGUGCACAUUUAGAUAUGUCGCGCCCAUUUAGAUAUAUCGCGCUCGUGUAGAUAUAUCGUGCUUAUUGGUAUAUAGUGCUUAUUUUAUAGAUCGCGCUCAUUUAUAUAGAUCGCGCUUAAGCAUCGGGGUGACCACUCCUCUUUAGACUCUUUCAAUAACCUUUUAUGGAAAUGGUCUGUUAGAAAGUCGGUAAAGAACUUUAGGCGUAUAAAAUUUUUUUACAUUUUCUUCUGUCCCAAUGCAUAUUAUAUUGUUCAACAGAAGUUUUGCUGAUAUGCAUGGUCGAUAUGAAGAAACUUUUUUUACUAAAUUUUAAUGACAAAACCUGCAAUUAAAAAGUCCAAAACACCUAAUUCUCCUUAGCAUCUAUAACUUGACCUCCGUUUUUGAGUGGUCAUUCUGUAUGUAUUGAUUUAUUUAAGUUUUUUUACUACGAUUUAAAAAAUCUAUGCCAUAUUUACUCGCCAAGCCUCUCGCCGCCUGUGUCGAAGGAGCGCUCGUUUUGAUAACACGAAUAAAACCCAUUCAAGUAAGCGUUUCUUGUUUUUUUUGACAUCAAUAACAGGGGCGCUGUCUCAAGCGUGAGGCACAAUCGGGUAAAUAAAACAUAUUUAUAUAAUUUUUAUUUUUAUUGCUUAAAGCUGUAGUGAAUAAAAACAAUUGUAACCAUAGAAAUUUUUUUUAAAUUUUUUUACAUUUGUUAUGAAUUGCUGUCUGUAUUUGUCAUAAUCGUGCAGCGCUUUUACGUAUAUAUCAUGAGUGUACUGUUUCA